AUGGUGGUGGUCAUGAAGAUCCGGAAGUCCCUGGCGGAGAUGAACGGGUUCAGGGGCGGGCCGGGCUUUGAGGCCAUGGUGAGCGACGUGCAGACGUGGGUGAGCGCCGCCUUGACCAACGAGGAGACGUGCACGGACGGGUUCGCCGGGGCGUCCAUGAACGGCGCCAUCAAGGAGGCGGUUCGGGAGCGGAUCGUGAAUGCGGCCCAUGUGACGAGCAACGCGUUGGCUCUCAUCAAUAGCUACGCGGCCGUUCAUGGUUAA